AUGGAAGAGAGCUGGUUUGUAACUCCACCUCCCUGCUUCACUGCUGGAGAGUUGACCACUAAUGAGGUGGAGACCAGCCCUAUGGAGAACCUUCUUAUUGAACACCCAAGCAUGUCUGUUUAUGCUGUUCACAAUCUUUCCAACAAGCAGGCAGAUACAUGUGAUUCAGAGUUUGAUACUUCUAACAGUUUAAGGUUGGAUGCAGAACUUACAAAUAUGGGCCGCCAUGUCCAUUGUUAUGUUGCUACUAUUGCAACUCGCACACGCUGUCUGGACCAGGCCAAGACAUUGCACUACACCAAGCUAUCAAAGCAGCAGUUGGAAAAAAAACCUCUUCUGAACCGGAAAAGCCUUAGACGGCAAAGCCUCAUUCGAGGUUGCCAUUCUCAUCAAAUCAAGCAUAGCGGUGUCCUUGUUCACCAGCCUUGUCAGCGUCGGUACAAUUAUUGA